GUGCCCGUGGGUCGUCAAGGGCAUGCUAAAAACGUGUCGUCGUCCUGCCUCGUCAAAGUCCCCUCCGCUACGACGAAGAAACCUCUGCCACCACCGCCAAGCUGGCAACUGCAUCCAUCUUCCAACUUGAGGGUUAUUUUAACAGCUCCAUCGGGGCAGUAAGUGGGCUUCUUCGAGACCGAGCACUGAUCCAAGUCAUCUAAUACAUGAUGGACUGGGCAAGAGUGGAGAAGUCCAGGUCUGGUUCCCCGGCUCUGUCCUACCGCGCAUGUGAUUGGUGCCGCUCUAGGAAGGUCCGGUGCAACAGGAAGUCGCCUUGUAGAAACUGCGCUCAGCAGAAGAUCCCGUGCGAGCGAAAACUGCAGACCAAGCCUCGAGCCCACGCGCAGAGGGUUCUCAUCUCACCGGAGUACAAGGACAAGAUCGACUGCAUAGAGAAGCGUCUGGAGAGGAUCGCCGACAUCUUGACCGAGCUGACGGCGCAGGCGCUGGUGCUGAAGACGGAACAAUCGCCGAGUCCAAAACCACAUCCGCUCUUGGUGGCAUCCAGCCCGCCUACGGCAAAAGCAAAUACACAAGAGCCUCGAGGCCAGGUGUAGUCUGUUGUGUGGGAAACUAUUAUUCAGAGUCUUGUAUUUUGCUUCAAACCUGUAAUUCGCUACUUGACGAGGCCAACAAGCCAUUGCAGCUACAUUACACCUAUCGUUGUAAUCACCGCUUCAAGUUCCUCUAUAACUCUUUCAACCGCUGUAGUCGCGUUACUAUGAAACCAAGAGUACAUCAGACAUCUAUCUUGGUCUCUGUCUUAUUCAUAUGAGAAAUGGGUAUUGAAGGGAAAAAACCGAAAAACAAUAAAAUGAAUGGAAAACCUCCCCAUUUGAGACUUUCCUACAAGCGGGCA